AUGGUGAGUUUUGGUGAGAAGAUAGGGAAUUUUAAUAUGGUGGGACGUUACAAGGCGUUGGAGCAUACCAUGGUUGAGUCAAGAAAUAAGAAAAAAACCAAAAAAGAUGCUUCUGAUGCAAUCCAUACAAAAUUACUGGCAUCUAGAAGUCUGAAUCCAAGUAAUACAUGUAAUGCAUUAGUGAGCGUCACAGAUGAUAAAAACGUAGUUACAUGUUUGCUGGGAGAGAAUGAAGAGUUAAAAUCUGCAUUGAAAACAGAAAGGGAACGGAAUAAUCCACCUGGAGAAGUGAAAGAUUAUAUUUAUACUCUUCAAAAAUGUUUGCAAAGAAUUGAGGAGAAAGUUGAAAAAAUGAAUGAUCAUUUUCAGAAGAAAUUAGACAGUACAGAAAAGGUGAACUUGAAGAAAUUAGUGGAGUUGCAGAGAAAAAUGGCAAAUAUAGAGGACUCGAUAAAAGAAAUAUAAAAUUGUCACCGACCUGAAGAAAUCAGGGAAUUUAAAAAUAUGAAAUAUGUGACAACCUUGAAUAUGGACCACUUACACG